AUGCAGACUCUAUCUUGCCGUGUCGCGCGAUCGUGCAGCACAUCCAUUCCACGGCUGGAAUCCGCUGGAGUAGGGCUGGGCGGCAUGCCGAUCGCCGCGGAGCUGGUGAGCGCGCCGUUGAGUGCCAAGAGCGGCGGCGCGGAGGAGGCGCUGCAGUCGCCGGAGAAUCUCGCGAUCCCCGCUAAAGGCGGCCUCGAAGACGCGGAAGCCGCCGUCGCCGCCGUGGACAGUGCGGCGGCGGCAAGCAACGCGCUGCAGCUGCUGUCAGGGGCGUGCGUGCUGCCGCAUCCCGACAAGGCGCACAGAGGCGGCGAAGACGCCUUCUUCAUCCUCGACGGCGCUGCUGUUGGUCAGUGCUGCCCCUCUCUCGCUCUCAUUACUUUCUCACACCCCUUUACAAAUCCAUACUGCAGUUCUUCAUGCUCUUUCUCCCCAUCCGCUCAUCCCUCUCACCCUCUCACCCUCAUUCCCCUCUCUCUCCCCGCUCUUUCCCCCUUCUCCACGCACACCCCGUUCCGGCGAGCAGGGGUGGCGGACGGGGUGGGGGGGUGGGCGGAGAUAGGGGUGGACGCAGGGCUGUACGCGCGGGAGCUGAUGGCGCACGUGCAGCGCGCCGUGGCGGACGAGCCCAAGGGCGGGGCGGACCCCAUGCGCGUGCUGGAGAGGGCGCACAGCAGCACCGCCAGCUACGGCUCCUCCACUGCCUGUGUCGCCGUGCUGCAAGCUGACCAACUGCAGGCGGCGAAUCUGGGCGACAGUGGGUUUCUGAUCAUCCGGCACGGGCACGCCAUAUUCAAGUCGCCCUCGCAGCAGCACGACUUCAACUUCCCCUUCCAGCUCGGCAGCGAGGGCGGCGACUCGCCUCUCUCCGCUGAUGUCUACUCUCUCCCGGUGGCCCCAGGAGACGUGGUGGUGAUGGGAACGGACGGGCUCUUCGACAAUGUGUUCGACAACGAGGUCUCCUCCCUCGUCUCCCAUGCGCUCCUCCGCGGCCUCUCCCCCCAGUCCACCGCCGAGCACCUCGCUGCCCUGGCCCGCGACCGCGCCCUCGACCGCUUCCGCUUGUCUCCGUUUGCACGCGCGGCGCAGGAGGCGGGGUAUCGGUACAUUGGGGGCAAGCUGGAUGACAUCACUGUUGUGGUGUCGUAUGUGACUGAGGGGAAAUAG